AACUUCAAUCCUCCUGUACUCUUUAGAUUGAACAUGAUGCGUUUCUAGUCAGAUGGACACACGCCAGUAAGUUUCGCCGGUGCACAGCUAGACGAGCGUCCUCUCAGGCAGCCUUGAUAAGACCUUGUAGCGCAAACAGCUUACUUGUAUAUGAUGUUAAAUUGCAUAUAUAUAACCUCACAUAUCUUGCGGUCAGCUGUGGUCUUUGUUUGACCCUCUUUUUCGAUGACAAAAAGCUGACCGCGCUUCUUAAGGCCUAUUCCAUAGGAUGAGUAGUCAAGGUGGUAGCUUUCAUCAAACAGUUAGCUUCUACCCAAAGGCAGCUGCACAGGAUGGGGAUUUGCGCACAGUUAACAACGGAGGGGCGUUCGGCUCGCCAACACACCUGGAUAGGCCUGCUCGUGUCCUUCAGCUCCCUCCAGAACUGCUGCUUCGAAGUCCACCACCUGAAGGAUAUGACCGAUCUCUGUUUACCGGCAGCAGUAGCGAUGAGGACGACAGCCAUCCCACCGCCAUGGAGCAUCGGUCAAUGCCCUUCCGGAGGCAAGGCAACUUACCUCCCUCCUUUGACCAGCCGUCCUCCACAACUGCAAGGCCCGCAUCGUCCCUUCCAGUCACCUCUGCUGCAGCUGCGGCACCUGUUAUGCAGUCCCCCGGCCUGCAAGCCCUCCAUCAGAGCCUGCAGCACAUGGUAGCAGUAGCAGCCCGCGCCCACGGCCAGCUUCUCUCCAGCCCCGUUGACCCAGAUCCAGCCUUCCCUGCUGCAACCUCUUUGGGACCUUCCAAGAACGUUGCAAGCGCCCACGUGCCUCCCCAAGAGCACACUCUUUCCAAUGACCUCGCCGCCCAUGCCCAAGGUGCCACCAUGUUCCCGGUAACACAACCAGCUCUCCCCUCACCCCCAAAGGCCCCUGUGGCGGCUGGAUCCAUAACGUUGCCGACUGCUCCAACAGCAGCAGCAACGUUGUCCGCAUCCCUACCCGCUCCUCCUUUUGCGCCCAACCACAUUACCGCCGCCGGCGGAGGAGGAAGCUUGGGACUCCCCACGCGUCCCCACGCCAGCAGUGCCGGCAGCGGCUGCAGCGUCGGCGGACGGAGCAGCAGCAACGGCAGCGGCAGCACCUUCCAUGCUCAGCGGUCACAGCAUUCCGUGGCCCAAUCGCUAUCGCAAUCUCAGCGAGGUCCACUUGAGGCGCUGAGAGACGAGCUUUUCGGCGGCUUUGCCUCCGUCGCCUCCGCUUCUGGCUCCGUCUGCUCCUCCUCCGCUGGAGCCCCGCCGCAGUUGACACAUGCAGGUACCGGUGUGGGUGCAGGCGCAAGCGGAGAUGCUUCCUCUGGGGUGUUCCAGGCGGCCGAGUUAGACGCGGCACAGCCGCCAUCUCAAUCAUCGCCGCGGCCUGCGGUUGCUGCGGAAAGGGCUCGUGGGACGCGGCCUUGGAGUAGUGCAGGGGGAGCGCCAGGGGACAAUGGCGGCGGUGCGAGCGGCUGUAUGAGCGGUGGCGCCGGCCGCAGCAGUCCUGGGCUGCUGGGUAACAGUCCUGUGAGAAGUCCCAGCCAGCAGCAGCGUAGCCCACAACUCGCCACCAGCGGUUCCCUCCAUGGCGAUCAGUCUUCCGUCGCCUCCCAGGCAGCGCAGAGCGGGGCCGACCUCUCCUCGAUCUACUCGAUCCCCGAGUCCGCCCUCAAUGCCGUGGUGGACGUAAUCAACGCGCAGACACCCAUGUCCUUCACGACCGCCGUGGUUUCGGAGCUUGAUACUCCCAGCACUCCGCGCAGCCCGCUGGGCCUUAACCCAGAUCCCGACGAGUAUGACAAUGACAACAGUAAGUUGUCGUACAUGAGCCCCUACACCAGCCCUACCACCAGUCCCGGUAACGUCAACCUUGGCGGGGGCGGGGGCGAUGGUAGCAGGCGGACGCAUCGUUCCGGCCGAGGGUUACCAGACAGUCCCACCACUGCCAGUCGCAAUCGCAGCGGAGGCAUGUCGGGGUACGACAUGUACGGGUACGACGAUUAUGUCGCGCCAUCGGAUUGGACCUCCCUACGAGAGCGGCACAGUGCUACUGCCAGUGCUUGCAUGACGACAGCAUCGACUGCCUCCACAGGCCGGCCACCUCGUAUCGGCGGUUCGGACGGCAUCUUCGCAGCUAUCCACAACAGUCGGGUCAAGUCUGAAAGCUUCGGCGACGGAAAUGGAGACGAAACGCCGCGGCUGUCGCCACCCCGCUCGCCUCCGCAUCCGCCCCCGCCGUCGUCUUCUGCAUCCGCGCCGACUCGGGCCCUCAGCGCCGCUACCUUCAGCAGUUCAGCGGACAGCGAGCAAGCAACCCAACAGCAGCAGCAGCUCUCCCAGCAGCAGCAGAGGCAGCCGCAACCCUCAUCGGCGGUUGGAGAUCAGCAGCAUCACCGACAGCAACGAACACCACCGAAUGGGGCUCUGCUGGCUUCCUUUGAUGCCGAGUCUACCAAAGCCGCGGGCCUUCGGAAUGAUAGCGGAAGUGGUAGCGGCAGCGCUGACAUUGCGGUCGACGAUCCACACCAGGCACUAGGUAGGCGGAGCUUUGGCAGUGUCAUCGUCGCCGGCAGCGGCGGCGACGGUGGAGCCUCCGCCGGUGUCGGCGUAGCAGUCGCCGCUGGUGCGGCACCUAUCGUCGCCUGCGAGUCGCUAUCUUGCUUCGGGCCGUCGAGUCCUGGAAGUUGUGGUGAAGCCGACUGCGACGGUGGCAAUGCAACAUCUGCUGGAGGUGCAGCCGCGGCGGGUGGUGCCGGUGGUGAUGGCGGGCGCGGUCAGGGUGUAGAAGCCGGCGGCAGCGCGAGUCGGAGUCGGACUUUCUCGAACCCUCUCUUCUCAUUCGACCCCUUGUCGGAUGGUGGUGCUACCGCCGAAGGACGCAGCGACGGUGGAGGCAACACCGGCAGCGUAGGAGGCGCUGUUGUGCCUGAGCAGCAACCGCAGCUGCAGCCAGUGGCGGCUGCAGCUCCUGUCGCGACCCAUGAUGCAAGCGGCGGCGACAGCGGGCCGCGUAGUGGCGGGAUUGGGCGCUCCUCGCUCCCGCGGCCGCUCUCCUGGGGCUCCGCCGCAGCGACAGCGGAGGCGGGUACGACGGCGACGCGGCUACUGGGUGCUGUAAAGGACAUGCAGGGGGCGCAAGGGGUCUUCCCCUCACGCAUCCCGUUGCGGCCAAGGUCUUCUCCGAGCUCCCCAGCGGCCGGCGCUGCCUCUGCCGCAAGCGCAAUAGUGCCGCCGUUGCCGCUGGCUUCACUCCUUCGCCGUCAGCAGGAGCAGCAAGCCACCCAGCACCAGAACCCAUGGCAACAGCAACAUGCUGCUACCACCGCCGCAGCCGCAGCGUACCCCGCCGUGGCCGCUGCGCCAUCACCAUCACCGCCGCCAGCGGUUAUCAGCUCCGGAAGCGGCAUGCUGGCGGCGGUGUUGGGUGCCGUACCGCAGCAGGACAGGGAUGAGCGGGUGCGGAGCUGGGCGGAGGAGGGUGCGGACUUUGCCGCUAGACCGCAGGGCUCGGGAAGCAUGGGUGGUACGGCGGCAUCGCUGGGGACGCCGACGUCUUCCAUGGGCGGUGGAGCGCCAAGUGGGGUGGACAGCAUGCCGGCGGAGGCCUCGGAAAUGGCCACAUGGGCUUCGUCGGCGGUAGCAAUCGGGGCAGCUGGGACGGCAAUAGGGCCCAGCGGGCGUCGCGUUGGUGUGGCAGACGGCAGUUUCGCACCACCACCGGGGUUGGCUUCCGCGGAAUCGGCGUCGAGGCCUCGGUGGGCCGGUGCUACAGCCACGACACAUGUGGAAGAGGUUGGCGAGGAGAAGGUCCUUGCCGCAGCACCCAGCAAGAACGAGAUGAACGAGGCUCGGCAUCAGCAAUCUUUCGGCCAUCAGCAGCAGCUACAACAGCAGCAACCGCACCCCCAGCCUCACCUUCAGUACGCGCAGCAUGUCCCACAAGGUCACAGUGCGGUGCCGCACCCGCAGCUGCAGCAGCAGGCUUCACGGCGGGUUAGCCUCAUGUUGCCGCUGUCCAGCGAGGAAUCGAGUAGCUCCGCAGGCAUUCUUGCGCCCGUCAUCGCGCGUCUGAGUCUCGCUGGAAUCGGAGUGGACGGCCUGCUGUCCGCCACGACGCUGCCGCCGGAGGCGCCGCUCUGGCAGCCCCCAGUGCUCGCUCAUGCCCAAACUGUCGCCGUGUUAUCUGCCGCCGCCGCAGCCCAGCCUGCCCCCGACGCCGGCCUUCCCACCAUUGAUGGCGGCGUGGUUGCGCCGUCGCCUGCCAGCGUGAGCGCUGACCUGGACCGUCUGCUGCACCAACUGGCCAACAGGCGCGCUCGCAGCGAAGUGCACACGCGACUGACCCACGGGUCAUUAGUCGACGGCGCAGGUCUGCAUGGGGACAGCGCUGAUGACGUAAGGCCUAACGUUUCUAGGCUGGAAGCGCUAAGGCUGGAGGCGUUGGCGCUGUCAAUGGGUGGCGGGGGCGGUGGUAACAGCCGUCGUGGCGUUUCUGGUGGCAGCGCCGGUGCCGCCACGACUAUCGGAGGUCCGUCUUCGGGUCGGCUACGGAUGCUCUCGGAUCCCUCCUCGCAAUCGCCUCGCAUGCAGCAUCCACAGCAAGUAAUGUCGGGACCGGUGCCGUCGCCAGCCUCACAGCUCCAGCAGCAUGAGCAGCCGGACAUCCCCUCCGUCGGCCGACGGGUGUUGCCCUUGCCGCUGCCGCCAUACCUCCUGGCUACGCAGACGCAAAGUCAUCACCACCCACGACAGCAAUCAACCAGCCCGUCUGCAAGCAUGGCUUCGAUGGAAUCUGAGGUGACCGCGGACCGCCUCAAGCUCCUCAAGCCGCGCUCUCACCUGUCGCAUGCACCCAUGCUGGAGGCAAUCGACGCCGGCGCCAGUGACAGCGGCAGCAACACCCUCAACACCCGCCACAGCAGCUCCAACAGCCCCCAUGGCCGCGCCCCGCCCAGGCAGCCUCCCAACAGCGCCGCCGCCUCUGCCUCUGUCUCACAGCGGCCGGACUACUCCCUGGAGCAUGCCACCGCGGGCUCCUCCUCGCCAACCACACGGGGUGCUGUCCAGCCUGCCUUCCAAAGCCAUGCAGGGGCAGCAGCGGCGGUACCAGCAGCGCCAUGGGCCUCACACCGCCCCCACCUCCCGCAGCAUCAUCAUCAGCAGCAACCCCGGCAGGAGGUCUCCGCUGCCAGCGUGGCGGGCAGUGCUAGCACCGCCGCAUCUGCGGCCCUGGGGCCUGGAGGGACCAAUGCCGUUGCAGCCAUGGCCCAGGCGGGCAGGGGCCGUCCUCCUCCUCCUCCUGCAGUCAUCAUCCCCGCGGUGAUCCCCUCCAGUCUGCAGGAGGUGCAGGAGGAGAGCGGCGGCGAGGGCGAGGCGGCUGCUUCCCCAGUGGACCUGUCGUCGCCCGCUACCCCCGACGCCUUUGCUACCAUCCCCAACGCACACGCCCCUCCUUUUCCCCCUCCCGGUGCGGAUUCGGAGCCUCAAGGCGGCGGUGCAGAGCAGCUCCUCGCCCUGCUUCAGGACCUGCAGCAGCAGCAGCUGCCGCUGGGUGAGCUGUUGCCGCGGGUGCUGCAGUUCCCGCUGGAGGAGCUGCUGCAGCAGGUGCAGCGGCUGGGUAUCGUUUCGCCGCCGCCACCGCCUCCUGCCGCCGCCGCCGAAAGUCGGCAAGCUAUCGAUGUCCCCGUCGUCGAACCCGCACCCGUCUACUACAACGUGGGUGAGAAACGCAGCCGAAGCAGUGGCGGCGGUCGUGACGGCAGCGGGCAUGCAGGUGUGGCUGCUACUGCUGCAGCUAGCGAUAGCGGUUCUGGUGAUGGUGGCAGUGACAAUGCGGUUCUCGGCGGCAGUGCCACUGCCACUGGGGAUGCUGCUAGCCGCGAUUACUACAGCAGUGGCAGUAAUGGCGAUGGAAGCAGCAACAACGGCAGCCGUAACGGCGGCGGUUUUGACGAGGAGGGGGGUGACGGUGGCGAUGUGGACGAGGACGCGCGGGCGGCUCUGGAGGCGCAGGCGGUUUCGGAGCUUGACGAGAUCCUAAUGCAGCUGCAGCACAUGACUGCGGCGCUGGGUAUUGGCGGCGGUGGCCUGGGCAGCAAGACUGCUGCAGCUGCCAGGGCCGAUACAGGCUCCAACCGCGGCCUGAGCCUGAGCAGCAACAGUAGCAAAGACGGCGCUGCGAUGCAGUGGCCGGAACCGCUGCUGUUGCUGUUACAGGCACAGCAGCAAGAGAACGUUGGAAAGGAGAGUGCAGCGGAGCGGGAGACACGCGCGAUUGCACAACUCCAAAGUGCCACGCAACAACCACGCGAAGAGGUAACACAGCAACAAGGGCUGCAGGGGCAACAGCAGCUGGGGAGUCGGGCGGGUGCGGGGAUGUGUGCUCCAACGGCGUCCCAGGGGGCACCGGCAGUGUCCCAGGGGGCACCGGCAGCGGCGGUGGGAGCGGCAGGGGGUGCGCUGGUGCGGCGGUGCUCAUCGAGUGUGGGCAGCGUGUCCAUCCGGGGUUCUGUGGCCGCCGGGUCCCAUGGGUCGCUUCGCCGAAGCGGCAGCGCCACUGGCAGCCGCGGCGAGGACGGCAACUUGUUGGGCCAAGCAUCGCAGCUCCGUACGGCAGCGGAGGAUGCUGACAUGGACGAUGAUGACGUGUCCCCCUGGGGGCCUUCCGCCGGCACCUUGCACCGCCCGCCGCCACCCCCGCCGCCCUCCCUGCGUGUCAGCAACGACUAUUACUACCAACAGCAGCAGCAGCAACGUCAACAGCAACAGCAACAACGCCAAAACCGAUUCCAACUGCCACAACCGAUAAAGGAACGGCCUAGGUCCACGCCCACGCCCCGUGGUGGGAGUGGCGGUUCAGCUGCCUCAUCCGAUCGGGCAGCAGCGGCAAACGCCCCUGCCCAGCAACCCAAGCAACAUCAGCUGCCCUCGACGUCGCAUCAGUUGCGAUCACCCAAGAGGCAGCAGCAGCAGUGUGUGCAGGAGGGCGGGCCUUCACUGCCUGCGCCCUCCGCCGCUGCCUCCGCUCAGCAUGGUGCACAAUCCAACAACGCACCUCCAGUAGGCAUGACCGGCGUAGCAGAUGUGUACGGCAGCAGCUCCGAUGAUGCCGCCAAGCAGCUGAUCGAGAUGGCACGGCAGUUGUACGGCGAUGCUGUACUUUCGAACUGCAAUGUUGACUGUACUGGCGGCGAUACGACUGAGGCCUUGCAGCCGCUGGCUGCGCUGGGAGGCACGGCGAUGGGAGGAGGAGGAGGAAGUCUGGAUAUCGCCGCACAGGCAGCCCUCAUUCGGAGCCACAUUGACGCCAUCCUCAUGAGGGAAGCCGAGGAGGAGCAGCAACGCGGGCAGCAGCAGGAGCAGGGGCAGGAGCAGGAGCCUUUCCCGCAACAGCCGCCGCCACAGCAGCAGCAGCCGCAAGCUCAGGCAUGGAAGCAAGAGGAUCAGCAACCCCAGCAGCAGCCAUACCUUACCUCGUUCUACUCCCUGACGGAUACCAAACAACCCGACCAGCGGCAGCAGCGGAUGUCUCUUGCGGCCCAGCCUGGCAGCAAAGAGCCCUUGUUGAUUGACCAGCAUCAACAACAGCAUCACUAUCAGCAGCAGAAGCCCAACGCUGGGGCCUCUGGGGACAGCAACAAGAGCACCGACAGCGGCUAUGGCGUCGGCCCAAUGGGUGGCGGUACCACAGCAACCACUGCAUCUCCUACUGCGGCGCCGUUUGCAGUUGGUACGGCAGCGCCUCCUGCGGACUGGCAGGCCGUACUGGCUUCCAAGCUGAUGCCGUACGAUGCUGUACAACAGCGCACCGGCGCCCUUCCUGCCUCUGUUUUCUUGGCGGCGGAUGGGCAGCACAAGCAGCAACAAAUGCAGCCGCGGCCUGCGACGUCAGCAGCGGCGUCGGCGGCCUCAGGCAGCGCCACUCGCAGCGGUAGCGCCGGUCGGCGACCGACUCGCUCGGCUUGCAGCGCUGACGUCACCAGUGGCGUCGCCGGGAACAGCGCGGACGGAGGAGUUACCUCCGGGCAAGACAGCUGCGAGCCCUCCACUGCAGGAGCGGCGACGGCGGCGGCGCCACAGCCGGCACCCGCCCGCCCCAGGCACCGUCGUGGUGUAACCUUUGCCGCAGAGCCCACCAUUGCGGCCAUCGGAGGUGCCGUACGACGGCCCGGCGGCGGCGGUGGUGGUGGUGGUGGUGGUGGCGGUGGAGGCGGUUCCUCAGCUCCCGUCACGCCACGCAUGGGCAACUCGCCUGCACGGACCCGUGCUACCGACACCGUCACUGCCGCGGGCGGAGCAACUUACGCAUCGUCACCCUACAGGAACGCGGCUGCUCGCGCCGCCGACAGCGCUGCUGUCCCGCCGGCAGCUCCGUCACCCCAGCCUCAGCGCUCUCCGGCCCGGUCCCACCCUCCGCCUGCUGCCAGUGCUUCUGCUGCCGCUGGUGGCGCCAUCAAGAGCCCCAUACAUGGUGAAGGACGAGCAGGAGGUGGUGGUGGUGGUGGUGGAGGCGGAGGUGGCGGGAGCAUCUUGGACCGCCCGCUGCCCCGGGGUGGAGGCGGCGGCAGUGGUGGACCCACCGUGACGCCGCCGCCGUCGGUGCUGGCGCAGGCGCCGCAGACAGAGUGCAUCACCAUUAAGCGCCCCUUCGCAUGGCAGGAACGUGAGACUCGGCGCUGGCUAGCAGAGCUGGGUCUGAUGGUCUCAUCCUCGGAGGAGUCCGCCCCGCUGCUCGACAACCCGCUCCGCAAUGGGCUCCUCCUGGCCGCGCUAGCCGCCCGCCUGAGCCGCUGCCCGCUGCCGAGCGGGGUGGUGACCGCGCCGCCGCGGGAUGUGCGGUCGGCGCGCACCAACAUCCUGUGCGCGCUGGACCACAUGGGCAUGCUGGCGGCGCCGUGGGCUCCCCCCGUGGAUGCUGAGCGGCGCGCUCGGGCGCAGGCGGCAGCAGCGGAGCUGGCGGCUGCCGCAGUGGCGUCAGCGGCAGGCGGAGGAGGUGGCGGAGGCGGCAUGGGACGUUCGCGCUCCCCCAGUCCUGCCCGCACGGGCUACCACAACAGCGGCGGCAACAACAGCAUCAGUAGUAACAGUGGCGGCGCUAACGGCGGGGCCACCACGGGUCCAACCGCAGGCUCCUCGGGUAUCAUCGCCAUCAAGGCCCUGGGCAGUGCGGGUCGCGGCUACGCGCUGAGACUAAAGGAGCGGCAGCUGCGCGCGGGUCUGGGUCUGGUGUCGGAGGUUGAGUCGAUGCUGGCGGGGCAGCCGGACAGCAUCUGGGGGCUGCUGAACUACAUCCGCCUGGCCACCGCGCCGAUGCAUGGAGGAGGCAGGGCAGCGGGAGGCAGGGGAGCAGGAGGAGGCAGAGAGGAGGAGGCGGGUGGGGGCGGACGCAGGACGUUCGACGUGCGCGGAGGUCCGGGUGUGGCUGAGGGCCCAUCCCAGUGCAUGACGGUAGAAGCAGCUGCUGUGGCCGCUGGUGCUGUGGCUGUUGCGGGGUUGGGAUCUGGAGCGGCAGCAGCCGCCGGUGCUCGCAAGGCUAGCGGCCGAGGCGCAGGUGGGGCAGGCAGUCGUCACGUCUCCCCCGCCAGGCAGCAGCAGCCCAUGUCAGCAGCCGCAGCCGCCGCAGCAGCGCUGGCGGCGGGUGUGUCGCCGGUGAAGAUCUGCCGGGGCGGGGCGCUGCAGCCCGGUGGAGCGGUCGCCGACCCACGGGGCUCCGUCCUCCCCGCCGGCCACCCCCUCCUCACCACCAUCACCCUCACCACCUCCGGUUCCCUACAACAGCAACCCCUAGAGCCUGGGGCUGCUGCAAGCGCUGGAGCGAUGGGUCUCCAUCCUGCAGGCGCGGAGAACCAAGCCCAGCCCCAGCCCCAGUCUCAGCCCCACCCCCAGUUGUCGUACCGCCCAUUGUGGCCGCGUCUAGCAUCCUUGCCGUACAAUGCGGCUGAGCUGGCGGCGCUGGAGUGCUCGCUGCUGAGGUGGUUGGCGGAGGCGGGCGCCAUCAGCCACCGGGAGGCGGCGCAAGGUUUCCCCUCGCUGCUGUCCAUGUUCGAGGACGGUACCUUCAUCUGCUGGCUGGUGUCAAACCUGAGCGGCAAACCCAUCGUGGGGGCACACAGGAGGCCCCUGACUGAGGCCGCUCGUCGCGCCAACUGGCUCAAGGCCAUCGAGGCGCUCCGAGUGCUGCCCGGCAUGUCGCGAAGGUUCCUGGUGUUCGAGGAGGCGCUGGCGCACUGCGAGCGAGCGCCCCUGACCGGCCUGCUGGAGGACCUGCACAGACUGGCUGCGGGGGUGCCGCCGGCCCCCAGCACCAUCCUGCCUGACGCCAAGCCCUACCUGCCGUACCUGGUUCCGGAUCCGCCCUGCGACACGCUGCCCCCCGAGAUGCUGGCGCUUAACAAGGGAGGCGGUGGCUUCGGAGGGGGCUGGUGUGGCAGCAGUGCGCCCUCCUCCCCUGCCGCACGCUCCGCCUCCGCCUCCCCCUACCCCUCGCCACCUCCAUCGCCAGGGCUCAUCCGGGGACCCUCCCAUACAGCAGCUUAUGCGGUGAUGUCACAGCAGCCCAACGGCGUGAAUGCUGCCGUACAAUUGCCCGCUCAAUCGCAUUACCAACAGCAGUACCAGCAGCAACAGCAGUAUGCAGCGUCUGCGGCAGCUAGGCCCAUGUCUGCUGAUAGGGUCCGUCGGGCCGGGAGUGCUGCUGCUGCAGCCACGACAGUGGCCGCGGAGGGGGCAGCCAUGUGGGCACCGAGUGGUACCAUCGCUGCUGGCGGAGCUGGCGGUGGUGUCGGCAGUCAGGACCAGCGGCAGCGGCCAUGCAGUGCGUGGCCCGCGGCGGCGGUGGCGUCUGGAGCCGGGGGUGGCAUACGGCGCUCAGCUGCUGUAGCAGGUAGCGGUGGCGUUUGCGGCAGCCGUGUCAUGAUUACGGAUCAAAUGGUAACGCCGACGAAGGUAGCGCCGGCGGCGGUAGCGGAGGGGAUGGGUGAGGGGCAACGGCGGCGGCGCGCAUCAUUGUCGUACCAACUGGCAGGCGCUGCUGCUACUGCUUGGGGACCAGAUCUCCCGUAUAACGUUGCCGUACAGCAGCCUCAGCAGCAGCUUCAGCAACUGCAGCCAGGGCAACAGCAGCCUCAGCAGCAGCAAGGGCCGCCGCCCCGGCUGCGGCUGGUCCCAACGAUGCUGUGAUACCGGAGCUAAGUAUAUGACAGAGAUGUCUGGUUGCUUCCGGAUGUAUGGCCCUCCCAUCAUGAACUGGAAAUUUGGAAAACGACACACUGACGUAAUUUGAAACAUGGUGUCCUAUGUUAACGAGGACUGUCCUAAUGCCUCGGCUCUAUUCUUUCACAUAUGCUGCGACAGCUGAAGGGCUACAGUACGGCGACUGUCUGAAGGCAGUACGGCAGUACAGCACCGCAAUAGCUGUCGUACGGGGUUUGCUGUCGCUGGUGUGCACACACACUCGGGGCCCUUACCUUAACACACCGUAUUAUGGUAUUGAAGUCGAACUGUAGCUAUGGGUUUCGUACUGAUAGCCCACAUAUCAGAUGGUCGUUUGACGGCCAGUCGUACACAGUCCGGAAAUGUGCCGUGUUUCAGGUAUUGCCGUAUCACACGACUGUCGUACAAUUGAAUGGAGUUAAGAGGGAUAAGAGCUGCUAGCUAGCAUCUCUACCCAGAAGAUUUGUGCUCAAUUCAGCACACCGCCUCUUGACUUGCUGCAAAGCAAAAAACCGACGCAAGAUUGCUAUGUCGUGGCCUGUCGGACCCAACUGUUUUUCGCUUUCCACAACAUGGUAUGCGCUCUUCAGACAGUGAGCUAAGUCACGGUGAUGAGAAGGGGGUUAUGAGGGGUUUGUGUGUUCACACGUAUAUGUCUGCACGGACUGUUCUUUUCCUAUUAAUAUCGUGGCUGUCCUUGUUGCGGUGCAACUGGGGAUAAGCCCCAAGGAGCUUUGCUCGUGAAUUAGGUAUGUGCAAUUCGUAUCAUCGUAUGAUAGCUAUUCCGUCAUAAAAGAGGCGAUGGCUGCUGUGAUUUUGUGAUGUCCUGGUAUUGCAACAUCCUCCCAUAUUAUUAAGACGAGGGCAACCUCUCGCUGACAAUUCCCAUCUUUGUUACGAUGUGAGGGGGUUCUGCAGUUCGCCUGCAGUAACGCUUGCUGUGAAUAACAGAGGAUACUGCUCUUCACAGCAUCAGGCUGCUGCGUGCUAAGACAAGGGCGCAAAUGUAAAACUUCCGGGAACCCGGAAUCUAAACAUUCGGCAUAGAGCAGGCUGACCCGUGGUUCGGUCCUGUGCCGACGUUCUGGUACUAGCAUGGAGAGAACCCUGGUCGGGAAGGGAGGCACGGGUUGAUGUUGCUGGGUUCAACUACAGCGUGAACACCCGUGUUGAGUACCGAUAUUGUCUCUUAAGGCCUCUUGCAUCCCAUUACUUUCCUGUUCGGCGUUUACCUGGUGGAAAGAAGGUGAUGGGUGCUUAAGGCUGCUGGUCCUGGGCUGAUGCACGCCGAGCGCUCGAUAUGCGUUGGGGCUCAUCGAAACAGUGGCCCCGAAACCAUGGCAUGGGGCCAACGCUCGGCAAACAGGCCGAAAGGAGUUUCUAUGGGGCUACCGGACUUACAGAACAUACUUUUGUCACACCCUGGUGAGCAACAAGCGCAGCAACUGCUCAUGUACGGCUGUGCCGCGGCCUGACGGCCUGCCGCGACACGUAGAAUACCACAUCGCCGAGUACACGUAACACAGGUUAGGUAGAACUGCGGAGCUUGGUCUAGCUAGGAGCACGAGCUGCUUUCGUAACCUACAACUCUUGCCUCGGUCGCCUGCGUCGCCUUACAUAAUACGACGGCCGUUACCUAAGGCAGUUUAGGUAGGCUCGUGUCUCGCUGCUAUUCGCCUUCAGGUAGGCCCGCUGCUGCUAGUAAUGGGCCUCCUGGUGCCUUUAUAGCGCUGCCGUUUCAAGUUGUAACGUAUUGGUCGCUAUCAUUGUAGGCCAUGGCUUCUAUGGAGCAGAGCUAUGAGGCGUCUGCCACUAAGCCAGUUAGAUGUGCAAAGCUAAAAUGGUGGCUCACAGCGGUUUGGGACCUCGCCUGCGAGCACUGGUUUAUCUUGAGCCUGUGCUUCGCGAUAGGCUUUGCAGCCGCAGUGCCCGAUUUCGGGCGUAACGAAGGAUGGAUUGCUGGGGAGUGGACCAUUAAGUAUGGCGCUGUCAUCAUUAUCUUCUUCCUCUCAGGCUGCUCCAUGAAGACGAAAGCCUUGCUGACAGUCCUGGGGCGCUUGCAUCUACACCUGUAUAUCCAAGCUAUCUGCCUGGUUCUUACACCAGCAAUAGGCUAUGGUAUUGCGCGCGGCUUGAUGGAGUCUAGCAUGGACAAGAACUUGGUGAACGGCCUUGUUGUUGCUAUGGUGAUGCCAACAACUAUAUCUACAAACGUCGUUUUUACGAAGCAGUCUGGAGGAAACGAAGCAGUAGCGCUCGUAAACGCAGUUAUUGGCAACAUCAUUGGGAUUUUCGUGUCUCCCGGCUGGCUGUAUGUCUACCUCGGCAAGUCAGGGCAGGCGCCUUAUGCCGAUGUCAUUAGGCAGCUUGCCGUCACCAUCAUUGCGCCGCUUAUCGUCGGCCAGCUGGCGCAGUACUUCUUUCCCAAUGCUAUCAAGUGGGCACAGGAGCGGUUGAACUUUGGGAAAAUCAGCAACGUCAUGAUCAUCCUGCUGGUGUGGAACACCUUCUGCAAUACGUUCCACAGGAAGAUCCACCUUGCAGCCAAGUCCUGGGUGCCCAUGCUCUUCCUGGAAAUUGGCCUCUUCCUGUUCUUCUCCGUCUUGUGCAUUUCCCUGGCGACCUUCGUGCCGCUGAAGCGCCUAUUCGGCAUGGACAAGCCAGACGCUGUGGCCGUCACUAUGUGCGGCGCUACUAAGACCCUCGCCCUGGGCAUGCCGCUCAUUACCGUCCUGUACGGCAAGACCCCGAACGCCGGCAUCCUCUCCCUGCCCCUCAUCAUCUACCACGCCACACAGUGCCUACUCGGAAGCUUGAUGCGCAAGCCGCUGAAGCGGUGGGUCACCGAACCCUCGGCAGGCGCAUGGCCAGCAUCUUGGUGGCCGCAUGGCGAUGCCAUGCCCCUCCCAAGCACCCCGACCUCUCCUCCCGCCGGCGACAAAUCCCCAGCCGACCCCGAAGCCGCCGUUACUGCUGAUAUUACCGACGACAGCAAGCAGCAUCUUCCUCCUAAGGACGUCAGCAGCAACAGCAGCAGCCACAGCCGAAACAGCAAGUCAACGGCUGCGGCAGGCGGUGCUGCUAACGGUGCUCCUGCGGCCACCACGGCUGCCGUGCCCCCCGCUGCGGGGCUCAGUUCCCCUGAAGACUCUCCUGUCGCAGGAGGGUUCGGGGCGCGGGAUUUGGAGCGAGGAGAAGCAAUUGCCCUGGUCCCGGUGCAGCGGAAGGACUCCAGACACCAGUAAGCAGGCUCCUCCUUGGCUCCUUCCGAGCUCGUCAUCAGCAGCUGCCGCUCUUCCUGCCACACCGCAUGGCUGCGAGUGGUGAGGACAGCGGCUGCCUGCGUGUGGUGGCGUUGGCGGCAGCGGAGUUGCUGUACGAGGCAGCAGCAACAGCAGCGUUCGCAAGGGAGGGUUGCGGCAAGAGUGACAUACAGCUAGGCGUAGCAUGGAAGUGGGGAGGCGAUGUAGCGGUGGCAAGGUGCGUUGCGCGCAGAUCGAUGAGCUGUUGGUGGUGGUGGCAGCAGAGGCGAUGCCGGCAGCAGCAAUGUGGGGUAGGAGGGCACUGCAACGAGAGGGAGAGAGAUGUUCCACGGGGCUUGAGUAUGAGGGGUUGAGAGGUAUGGAUGGGCUGGAGGAUUGUGCUUGGUGCGUUUGAGAGUCGUUGUCGCGAAAUGAUGCUGGAAGUGAAACGUGAAGGCAGACUCUGCCGUUCUGCUGCUGCUAGACACGGGUCUUUGUAGGCGGGUGAUUCGUUGGUAGAACAAACGAAUGAGGGAAGGAGGGAAGCGUUGCGGACAGUUCAACACAACGUACGUACGAUUGCAACUGUACGAUUGAUAGGUUAAGAGUAUUGUGUACUGCUGAAUUGGGGAACAAGGCUGCUGCUGAUGUGCCUUUUUGCUGGUUACACCGGCCUCCAAGAAAGGUCGUGUUAUUGUUGGUGUGUUGCGUGUUCUUGUGUAUUUCUUGUCGUGUAGGCUUCGCUCCUUACCUCUGGCAGGUGUGUCGUAUGCGGUUACGGUGUUGCGGUUAUGGCUUUAGAAAUUACCUGCUGUGGCCAGCUGCCAUUAUUGUGUCCUCACAUGUGGACGGUUUCCGUACUACCGGGAAACUUCAGGGCGGCAGGUUACAGGGUGGCGAGCGGGCUUCUGUCAACAUGGGCUUCAUGCCAGCAGACGAUCGUAGUGUCAUUCCAAUGAUGGCGGAAUGCCGGAAGCUUACAUGCGCGACUUUUGUUAAGGAAAGAUAGGGUUUAUUUUGUUUGCCAGGCGGGGCGUAUGUGAAGGCAAGUUACCUCCAAUUAAGUGGGAGUAGUGCCAGGUAGUGCAGGAUCAGGUUGGAUGCUAACGGACCUCUUGCUUGGCUUGAGCGAUAUAUUGCGUUUUAGUGCUGUCGGUACUUUGAGAACGGUUACUAAACCAAAAACCGAGCUAUGAUGAUUGCAGCACUGAACAAUGAUAUGUAGGGCUGUCGUACAGCACUUGCCGUAGUUUUGUGACGUUGCGUUGCAAUGCCGUACUGCUGCCCGUACAGCGUGUGUGGAGUGGGCUACUGAAUUAUACGGCACUUGUGCGGACAGAGAACGCACGCUGUUAACUAGCUAGGACUCGUUGAAAGCGAUGUCGUACAGUGGUCGUACAUGGAUGGUUGCCAGCUUAUUGACGUGA